AGAUGACCCUGGCCCAGCACAGAAGGAGAAACUACCAAAAUGACAGUCAUGCGAACAAUCUGAAGGUCAUGCCAGGCCGUGCCAGAAAACUCUCCAAACAUGAACAUCCUGAAUGCUCUCCUUUCUAUGAUAUUUGCAUUGUUGGCUGGGCUUAUCCUCGUUUUCUGCAUCACCAUCAUGGCUUGCGUCCUGCUCUUCAGCACGAAAUUAACCAUCACAAUGGGCAAAACUAAAAUGGUCACAACAUUUCAACAAACGGCUCCCGAUACGGAAUUUGCAAGGCCCAUCGUCACAUCUGAACCAACCGUCCUAACCAUUGAAUUUGAUGAAGCGGAGCUUUUAGCCAAACUAGUCAAAGAAAUCGCUCCCAAUUAUGGCAUGGUGGGUGGUUUUCAUUUUCUUUUUCUCUUGCAAGAAUGUGCCAACUGACUUUCUGGAUCAUACUGAAAACUCAUCUAGUGUAGCAGCAGCUGUCAGAUGCUCUGGGAAGCUCCCAAUGUGAUAUUUGUCCUUAGCAUCUGGAUGAACUCAAAUGUAUACUUUAGAUAGACAUCUCUUCCCUGCAUUUGUUCAUCCAUAUGAUGGUGCUGUGGGUUAAACCACAGAACCUAGGACUUGCCGAUCAGAAGGUCAGUGGUUCGAAUCCCCGCAACAGGGUGAGCUCCCAUUGCUCGGUCCCUGCUCCUGCCAACCUAGCAGUUCGAAAGCACGUCAAAGUGCAAGUAGAUAAAUAGGUACCACUCCGGCAGGAAGGUAAACGGCGUUUCCGUGCGCUACUGUGGUUUGCCAGAAGCGGCUUAGUCAUGCUUACCACAUGACCCGGAAGCUGUACACCGGCUCCCUUGGCCAAUAAAGUGAGAUGAGCGCUGCAACCUCAUGACUGGACCUAAUGGUCAGGAGUCCCUUUACCUUUACCUUAUGAUGGCCAAAUUAAAUGUAACAGGGCCACUAUUUAGGCAUUCCACUCAUUUACACCUAAAACAGAGAUUUGUCAUCUUAAUUUAACGCUAAAAAAGUGUGGGAGAGGAACACAGAAUCUGUCGUAUACUGAGUGAGUUCACCAAUCCUCCUAGUUCAGUAUUAUCCAUACCAGCUUUUCCCAACCUUGUCUCUUCCAGAUAUUUUGGGCUACAAUUCCCAUCAUCCCUGACCACUGGCCAUGCUAGGUGGAGCUGGUGUGAGCUGUAGUUGAAAACAUCUGGAGGACACAAAGUUGGUGGAGGCUAAGCUACCCCGAGAUGCAAGGAAUGUAACCUGGGAUGAUCAAAGCAUGGAAAGUACAUGCUCUACCACUGAGUUAUGGAGAGCUGAAUGGACACUUCACCCCUCUUGCACUAACCCUCUCCUCAAUCCAUUGCUCCAGGAACCUUUCUCUCCUCUUAAUUCCAGUGCCAGAAGUUAUCAGAGAAUAGAGAUAAAUGCUUGGAGCAAUGAACCAGAGAGUAUAGGAAAGGGAGGAGAGGUUUGGUGUUCUUCUCCUGUGUACUUCUGUUAGACAAACACUUGUGCACCAUCCCUUUGUAUGUACACAGAGUAUACACAUGAAAAGAAGCACAUGUCUGUUAUACUUUGCAUCUACAGUGGUACCUCUGGUUACAUACACUUCAGGUUACAUACGCUUCAGGUUACAUACGCUUCAGGUUACAUACGCUUCAGGUUACAGACUCUGCUAACCCAGAAAUAGUGCUUCAGGUUAAGAACUUUGCUUCAGGAUGAGAACAGAAAUCGUGCUGGCGGGAGGCCCCAUUAGCUAAAGUGGUGCUUCAGUUUAAGUACAGUUUCAGGUUAAGAAUGGACCUCCGGAAUGAAUUAAGUACUUAACCCGAGGUACCACUGUAGUUCGAUCCCAUGGCAGAGCAUUAAGUAAAGUAAGAAAAAUACAGAACACCAUUUUGGCUUCUUUUCUUUGCAGAAUUAAUCAGGGGGGAAAUAGAUAACAGUAGAUUGUCAUAAAUCCAAAUUCAUGUGUUUCAGCCAUUAGACCCACUCUAGAGACCAUCACAAGCAGCAGAAAGCUGUAUUCCCACUGCUGUGUGUGAGAAACUUCUCUCCACCCUUUGAACAGAUGGUCAGCGCUGUAAACACCACUCACCUACUAGUGGGGAGAGAGCAGAAGUAACUCCACAGCUGUCAUUAAAAUCUUCACUUGCAGGCUGCUUCUGUACGUGAUGAGCUCUCUCUCACACAGUGGACAAUUCCAUGCUUGUCUUUCUUUCAAUACACAGCGACUUAGCUAGAGAGCAAGAACUUUGCUUGCACAAAAAUGGGAAGCAGAGAUCAUGCAGUGCUGAACUCUUGGCAUUACAGGACAUUAAUUUCCCGCAACCACAUACUUCAAAAACAAAUGUUUAGCACACCGUUCAGAAAACAGAGGAGUGUGUUCAUUAAAGAGAUGCAUUACAGGAAAGUUCCAAACUCCACAGUAGGACAGCAUCCAACAUAGUAGUGAGCAUACUCUCAGGUUCUCCAGAACUCUUCAGCAGUCCGUGCUUAACUAUUGCUCAGUAUCUUAUGAGCUUUUGGAUGAUCCUAAUAAAAGUAUUGCUCUACUGGUGAUUUUGGAAUUUUUCUGAAGGGCCAACACAGCUACCAUAUUUUUCGCUCUAUAAGACGCACAGACUACAAGACGCACCUAGUUUUUGGAGGAGCAAAACAAGAAAAAAAAUAUUCUGAAUCUCAGAAGCCAGAACAGCAAGAGGGAUCGCUGCGCAGUGAAAGCAGCAAUCCCUCUUGCUGUUCUGGCUUCUGUGAUAGCUGCACAGCCUGAAUUCGCUCCAUAAGAUGCACACACAUUCCCCCUUACUUUUUAGGAGGGAAAAAGUGAGUCUUAUAGAGCAAAAAAUAUGGUACCUUUCUUCCUGUGUGCCUUGCGGCACAAGAGUGUCUGAGACGCCACAGCUUGUGUAAUAUAGAGUGAGGAAGCAUUAUUUAUUUAUUUGUUUAUUUAAUUUGUAUACCACCCCUCAUCUGAAGAUCACAGGUAUUUUGCAACCUAAAAAUCUGGCACAAAAUACAUAACACAAAAACAAACCAAUAGCCCCACUCCCACAAACACAUUUAAAAGACCAUAUUUUGUUUAAUCAGCCAAAAGCCUGGUUAUAGAGAAACAUUGUCACCUGACACAUAAAGAUAUGUAACAAAGGUGCCUGGCGAGCAUCCCUGGAGAGAGCUUUCCACAAAUGGGGAGCCACUGCAGAAAAGGCCCGUGUUGCCACCCUCUGGAUCUCUCAUGGAGGAGGCACACAAAGAAGGCCUCAGGCGAUGCUCAAAGGGUCCAGGUCAGUUCAUAUGGGGAGAAUGAGCUGGACAUUUACCCGUUCAAGUCUCACCUUAUUCAAAAUUCACUAGGAAAGACUCUGAGGCAAGUGAGUAUGUUUCAACCUUGACCACCACCCCGCCUCCAACUAUAAUAUGGGUAUAAAUAGUACCGGUGUGUCUUUAGACAAUUUUGUAAGGAUUUGUGAGAUCAUAUGAGGAGUGCUUUGAACCCUUGAAAGGCACUGUAUGAAUUUUUUUUAUUAUUUAUGAACUUUUGAAACACAAAGUCAAAGAGAAACCACCAACCAUGUUUUUACUGCUUGCCCAAAACUGCUAAGACAAGGUGGGUUUGUCAGGCCUAGGAAGUUUUGGGUUGGGCUGUGCAACCCUGAUCACAGUUGUCCUAUAAAACAAUUUAUAUUUUGAUUUCCCAGACCAGCAGACAGGCAACUGUUACUAACCCAUCAGGCAGGUCACUGGUUAACUUAACAUUCUUCAUUUUCGCUGGAAAAGAUUAUGCAGGUCGCUGUGAGGAACCAAACCUGGGCUAUCGUCUCGCUGAAUGUUCAACCUAGCAACAGCACUUGGAACACAGAUCUCCACCUCAAGGAGGACAAAGCAGAAGUCAAAGGCACAGAGGAGCAUAUAUUGGUGUUCAUCUGCAAGCAGCUGAGUGAAAACUGCACCUUAGAGAAUUAUGAGGCUCAAAAGAAACCCGUCAUUCAGAGCCUAGAACUCAGCGAUGUCAUCAAGGCCUUCUUGCGGGCUUUUCGUAAUUCAUAUCAAGCUUCCCCUGUUCAAGAAACCGAUGCUUCUGUGGAUGUCAAGACUGAAGAGGAAGAAAUCUUCCAGAGCAGUGAGGAGUGAACUUGCGUCUACCACUGUCACCCCAGAGAUGGGCACAAUCUGCUCACAAUGUGCAACCUUAAAUGGGAUAUCACCCUGGCAUCUAACGUAUUUUAAAGGCAAAGAUAAAGCAUUUGACUGGUGAGAAAUCUGCUCUGUUUUCCAUUGUUCAGGAUGUCUUCUUCAUAACUCCUUAAUGUAGAUAAUGUCUGAACCUUGCCAGUCUUGGGCUGCAAUUCUGUAUACCAAUAACAUCCCCUCCAACAUUUCUCCAAUGAAAAUAUGGAUGUCCUAUUUAAUUAUAAUUAUAAUUUUACCCCGCCCUUCUGACUGGUUUGCCCCAGCCACUCUGGGCGGCUUCCAAUAUAUGUUAAAACAUAAUAAAACAUUGAACACUAAAUAAAACUUCCCUAUACAGGAUUGCCUUCAGGUGGAUCGGGGGCCGGGUAACUCCAUACCCUCCAACAUUUCUCCAAUGGAAAUAAAGAUAAAGGUAAAGGGACCCCUGACCAUUAGGUCCAGUCGUGGCUGACUCUGGGGUUGCAGCGCUCAUCUCGCUUUAUUGGCCGAGGGAGCCGGCGUACAGCUUCCAGGUCAUGUGGCCAGCAUGACAAAGCCGUUUCUGGCGAACCAGAGCAGCGCACGGAAACGCCAUUUACCUUCCCGCUGGAGCAGUACCUAUUUAUCUACUUGCACUUUGAUGUGCUUUUGAACUGCUAGGUUGGCAGGAGCAGGGACUGAGCAACGGGAGCUCACCCCGUUGCGGGGAUUCGAACCACCGACCUUCUGAUCGGCAAGUCCUAGGCUCUGUGGUUUAACUCACAGCGCCACCCGUGUCCAUCCUAUUCCAUACCCUGCACAUUAAACAGGUCUGCCUUCAGAUGUCUAUUAAAGGUUGUAUAAUUACUUAUCUCCUUGACUCAGGGGUUGCAUAACUACAUACCCUGCAACACUUCUCUGAUGAAAAUAGGGACGUCCUACUGUACCCUCCACCCUUUCUCCGAUUAAAAUAGGGACAUCCUAAGGAAAAGCGGGACAUUCUGGGAUCAAACCAGAAACCAGGACAGCUUCCCUAAAUCUGGGACUGUCCCUGGACAAUAAGGACACUUGGAGGGUCUGCAAUAGCUCCUGUAGUAAAUUCCAGUGAGUUUAAUAGGACUUGCUCCCAGCUAAGUGUGUGUACAGGACUGAAGCCUCACUCAUAUGAUUAAUGUAAUUGAUUAAUAUCUCCCUUUUUUGCAACUCUAGUCUUAAGUAAUGCAGAGCAGCAAAUUAAUCUGAAUUGGCCUAAAAAGCCCAAUGGGAGAAGAGGACCCUCAGGCUGGAUACGCACAAAACCAUCAUGAAAAUCCAUUCUACGUUCUUAAUCUGCAAGUAUAACUCUGGGAGGCAGAAAUAAAACCCAAUCUCUUCCCUAAGUGACUCGUGAUUAAGAGCCAAUAGACACACUGUCUCCUCAUUAGUUGAGGUGCAGUGCGGAAGUCUUGAGGGUUGCACGGCAGUAAUGAAAAGCUGGAGUUAGUCCAUUGCCAUCUGUCAUUCUCCCCCCUGCUAACCCACUCCAUUGGACGCCUAAUUUCCUGUGAAUAAGUGUUUCUAAAAAUAUAGUAUCUGCCUUUAAUACAACAGAAACACAUUGGGAGGGCUGCAACACAAAGCUUACACUGUGCAUUUUCACCCCAACAAACUUUGCAUCCCCACCGGGAAAUCAUACUUCACAUACAUUCUUGAUGUAAGCAGGGACCUAGGAGAAAGUCAUGAUAAUAUUUUAGCUUGAGACAUUUUGUUUUAUUCUGCAACCCUCUAGAGUGUUCUGUGCCAUAAUUAGUUGGUUACUUUUUUUAGUAAAAAAGUGUUGUCUCUCACACACACAUCUUUUCUUUGGAUUUCCAAAAUUCUUUGGCAGUGUAGGAAAAACAAGACAGACGAGUAUAAUGAGCUCCAGAACUGACUAGGAUUUUGGUCGCUUUCACACCAUGCAGAAAGAUACAGGGUCACCUUAAUCUCUGUGCCUCCACAUUGCCCCCAGAUUUCCCAAGCCAGUCCCUAAGGUGAACACAGACAUACGUCUCUUAACCAACACAAGGAGCAGCCAAGUAUUACAGCUCUGGGAAGGCCAUGCCUGCCCCCUGAAAGUUUCUGGGAAAUUAUGCCUGACUUCUGUUGUCUGCCACUUUCUGCAGUGACUGGGAGCUGCCCAUUUGCUUCUUGGAGAAGGGGUGUGGCUCAGUGGUAGAUCACAUUCUGGCAGCACAUAUUCUGGAAACCUGAGAAACACACAGUGGCUUACCAGCUUCAGAUGAAGGCUAUGAGAGGGGGACUCUGCCAGUCAGGACACAUUAGCUAGAGAAGUG